AUGAGUGAAGAUAAGGAGUUUCUGUUAUUAAGUUUCGGAGGGACGCAGGAUUGUCCAGAAUUCGUGGGAUUGGGUAGCAGUUGCAUUUGUUCCAAGUGUUAUCCAGGUCUGGAGUGUUCCACGAGCAAAAUAUGUACUCAAGUGACGUGCAACUCCAAUGAAUGGACGAACCUUCCCUGGAGGCCAUCCUGCGAAGCAGAUGGCACCUUCUCGGCGAAACAGUGCAAGGGUGACGAAGCCACUGGGAGAUGUUUCUGUUACAGCCCGAAAGGAGAGAGAAUUUUCGGGUGGUCCUGGUGGAAGGACGCCGAAAACAUGACUUGUGCUUGCAGUCGAAGAAGAGCAGAGCUCAGAGCCACCAGGCCAGACCUGUCCCUUCACUGCACAGAAAACGGAAACUAUGAUGAGCUGCAGUGUGAUAAUGGUUUGUGCUGGUGCACCAACCCGAGAACCGGACAGCCUCUGGAGAGGAUUUUCCCCGAAUCCAUGAUGAAAUACCUGACCUGUUAUAAAGAACACAAUGUUGGUACGCAGUAUUUGCGACAGUGUGAAAGCAAGAGAAUAGCUGGUCAGAAGAUCCUGGAGCAACUGACUGCUCGGGGACGACUGUAUUCAUUCAUUCCAGACGCACUUUGUGAUGGUGAUGGAAGCUAUGGGCCUUUACGAGUUGACAGAAAAACAGUAUUUUGCACCUGGAAGGAUUCAAGCAGACUUGAAAAUUACCAGAAUCCGAUUGGAAACGUGAGGGCCAUGAACUGCAAUUGUGCGAGGGACACAAAGAUUUUUACUGACGAAAACAUGGAGAACCUCUUAUCCUGCGAAACGAAUGGAAAUUAUGAGGCCCUUCAGUUCAGCAACGGACGUCCCUUCUGUGUUGACAGCGAUGGCUAUGCAAUUUCGGGUCUUGGGGACUGGGGGGAUGCAGCGUGUCCUCUCUAGGAAGCCUCCAUAUUUUUUUAAAAUUUUUGCAUUCCAUAUUUCGUUGUAUGAGCUGAAUUGUAUGAGCUUUUAAUGAUUAGUUAAUGAAAGUAUAAUUAUUAGGCGAAUAGAACCAUUUAUUCAGUUGACAAAUGCCGAGAAUUUUGAUUACGAUAAAUAUAAAUUUUCAACAGGAAAA